AUGCCUAAGAUUGAAAAGGGUCCCUCACAUCGCCUCUCCGUGUCAACGGCCUCAGCCGCAGGCGGAUCACGGAGUUCCUCCUGGUCCACAAGAGAUGACGAAACACUCAUCCAGGCCAGAGCCCAGGGCCUCAACUGGAACCAAAUUGGACCAAAACACUUUCCCAACAAGACCCCCAAUGCCUGCCGCAAACGACAUGAACGUUUGAUGGAGAGGCAAAAUGCGGAGCAGUGGGAUGGUGUCAAGUUGGAUGUAUUGGCACAGGCCUACAUGGAAGUCCGACGAGACAUGUGGAGCAUACUUGCUGCCCGUGUUGGUGAGAAGUGGCAACUGGUUGAGACAAAGUGCAUGGAGAAGGGAUUGAAGAACCUCACUCAGGCCUACAGGUCGGCACAGAAGAAGCUCGAGAAUGGUACCUACCAUGACCAUGAUGACAGCGGAGUAGGCGUUUCUGACCUCGAAGAAGAACAAGAGGAUCAUCAUGUCGACAUGUCCAGCAUGUCCAGCAUGCCCGCAAUCCCCGAAGCUCAUUACACUACAUAUCCGAGCUACCCAACCCAUUCGCACCAACCGCGGGUACCGAGCAUCCAGUCCAUGCUGCAUCCGAUGCAACACCCGCACCCCAUGCAGCAGUCUUUGCAACAACAACCGAUGCAACAAUCGAUGCAACAGCAGCCCCUACAGCAGCAAUCGAUGCAGCAGUCUUUGCAACAACAAUCGAUGCAGCAGCCUUUGCAACAACAAUCGAUGCAGCAGCCUUUGCAACAACAAUCGAUGCAGCAGCCUUUGCAACAACAAUCGAUGCAGCAACCCAUGCAUCAACAGGCGAUGCAAUACCCACCACAUCACCUCCCGCACCAGCAAUAG